AUGGCUUCGCCGGUGCUGUCUUUAAAACGGGACGGUGAUAAGCUGCCACAUUCUCCCGCCGUCCUUGAACGCCUCGCCGCUGUGCUGCACGUCCGCAAGCAGAGCGAAUCAACAGGAGGGGGGUCGCUGGGGGACGGCGGCUGUAACCCGGCCCGUAGCUGCCAUGACCGUUGUCAUUCGGCUACGAGACGCGCGGAGGUCAAACUGCGUACUCUCGGGGAGGAGAAAGUGCGCGUUUGCUGCGAUGAGGAAUUGGAGACAUCUUUCACCUACAUAGAUGAGAACGUCAAUCUAGCAAUCGGCAGCCCGGACACCAGCUGCAAAAGUUCUCAAAGAAACGCGCGCAACUGCGAGCCGUGCUCAGAGACGGCACCAGAAUUUUCUUUCAUGUCUGAGGAUGAUCUCUCAUUUGGGGAGGCCUCGGGGUCCUCAGUGGACUACUGGUUUAUAAGCGCAGUCACGUUUUUGGUGACUGGUAUCUCCUUGGUGAUCAUCUCCUACGCAGUACCCCGGGAUGUGGUCGUGGACAAGGACAGUGUCUCGGCCAGGGAGAUGGAGAAACUGGAACUCGAGAGUGCGCGCAUUGGAGGUCACCUGGACAGAUGUGUCAUAGCAGGACUGUGCUUGUUGACUCUGGGUGGGGUUGUGCUUUCCACUCUGCUCAUGAUCUCCAUGUGGAAAGGAGAGAUGUACAGGAGGAAAGUCAUUGCUUAUUCCAAACGAUCCGCCAAACUCUACGGUUCCAUCAGUCUGAAAACUAAAUCCAGUCCCAGUCACUCCUCUGCACACUUGUCCCUGGAGGAUAUAGUGGAAAGCUUGAACUAA